UCAAUUAUUAACAAAUGAGUUUAGGACACCUGUUAUCAAUACGUAGCAAAAGACACAUGAAACGAUGAAGCAGAAGAAAAUUUUCACCUUUCCUUUUUUGAGGAAUCCACUGCCGCAUAAACGGAACUAACAAAUCAUUUCAAGACUUGUUUAUCUCGUGAGUAGUCAGAAUUGAAUUUCAGGUUCACUAAUCGCAUUGCCUGCGUAAUCACACAGUCUCCUCUGUAGGCUGUACACCACCCAAUCCUCAUCAUGCCAACACCACAGGAGCAGGAGCAGGAGCAGCCACUACUGCUCGACCCGGACCAGGAAACCGCAUAUGAUGAAACAGAGAAGGUCCACAUCGUCGGAAUCGACUCCGACUCCGAAGCCGACGACGCGAUGCCGUUCUCGUGGAGGAAGCUAUGGCUCUUCACUGGGCCGGGUUUCCUCAUGAGUAUCGCGUUUUUGGACCCGGGAAAUCUGGAGGGGGAUCUUCAAGCGGGUGCGAUUGCUGGAUACUCGCUGCUAUGGCUGCUAUUGCUGGCAACGGCCAUGGGACUCCUCGUGCAGCUCCUGGCGGCUCGGCUCGGAGUGGCUACUGGACGACACUUGGCCGAGCUUUGUAGGGAGGAGUACCCCACGUGGGCCCGGAUGGUGCUGUGGGUCAUGGCGGAGCUGGCUCUGAUCGGGGCUGAUAUACAGGAGGUUAUUGGAAGUGCGAUUGCAAUCAGGAUUUUGAGUAAUGGAUUCAUUCCUCUCUGGGCUGGUGUUAUUAUUACUGCUUUUGAUUGUUUUAUCUUUCUGUUCCUCGAAAACUAUGGGGUGAGAAAAUUGGAAGCCGUUUUUGCUGUUCUGAUUGCAACAAUGGCACUGUCAUUUGCGUGGAUGUUUGGGGAUGCAAAGCCAAGUGGCAUAGACCUUCUUCUUGGCAUUGUGGUUCCCAAACUUAGCUCUAGAACAAUAAAGCAGGCUGUUGGAGUUGUGGGUUGCAUUAUCAUGCCCCAUAAUGUAUUUUUGCAUUCUGCUCUCGUACAAUCAAGGGAAAUUGAUCAUAGCAAGAAAUUCCGUGUUCAGGAGGCCCUCAAAUACUAUUCAAUAGAAUCUACUAUUGCCCUUUUCGUUUCUUUUAUUAUCAACCUGUUUGUGACAACUGUGUUUGCAAAGGGUUUCUAUGGUACAGGCCUGGCCGAUAAUAUUGGCCUCGAAAAUGCAGGGGCUUAUCUCCAAGAGAAAUAUGGCGGUGGAAUUUUCCCAAUCUUGUAUAUAUGGGGUAUUGGGUUAUUAGCGGCUGGACAAAGUAGCACAAUUACUGGAACAUACGCAGGGCAGUUUAUCAUGGGAGGUUUCCUAGACCUUAGAUUGAAAAAAUGGCUUAGGGCAUUGAUCACUCGAAGCUGCGCAAUUCUUCCAACUAUUGUGGUCGCGCUUAUGUUUGAUUCCUCUGAAGGCACACUAGAUGUUGUGAAUGAAUGGCUCAAUGUACUUCAGUCAGCUCAGAUCCCUUUUGCACUUAUUCCCCUUCUUUGUUUGGUUUCCAAAGAGCAAGUCAUGGGGACAUUCAGAAUUGGGCCUAUUCUCAAGAUGGUUGCAUGGUUUGUUGCUAGCCUGGUGAUCGUUAUCAAUGGAUAUCUGUUAGUGGAUUUUUUCUCCUCUGAAGUGAGUGGAACGAUCUUUACCACUGUCAUGUUAGUUUUGACAGCCGCAUAUAUUGGAUUUAUAAUUUACCUUAUUUCCCGAGGCAUUACCUUCUCUACUUGGUGCGGUUUAAGACAGUCGAAACAGGCACAAGGAAUUGAAUAAAUCCCUUUGUUUUAAAAUGUUCACUUCAGACCAUACAUUCAUUCAUUUUCGCCGCCGUGAUGUUGGAAGCGCAAAACACAUGAAUUUGGCAUGUUUAAGAACAGUGCUUAGUAUGGUUACUUCUAGCCUUAGUUACUAGCUGUGUACAAAAUCGAAGUGUGAGUGGGGAACCUUAUUUCUUUUUUGUAUGAGCAACUGAUGGUUAUCGUUCCUUCCGUACGGAGCCCUUGUAUCAUGUUAUAGAAUCAUUAUAUAUGAUGCAUAGGGAGGACAGGGACCAGCAAAAGACUAAUUUAGCAAUGUGAUCUCAGCUUCAGUUGUGAAUCAGAUGUUAUUGAACAAUGCAACUUGAGAUUUGGCUUUUCUGUUUCUUUCAAA